UGGUGUUGUUUCUUCUCAGACCACGCCUCCGCUCAACGUCCAAUCACAGAGCUGGAUUCAAACAAGGACGUAAAUUUUUUGGAGCUCGCGCCACUGGGUACACUGUCACAGAUCGCCGCAGUGUGUGAGGCAGCACGUCAGUGUGUGUAGUACAGCGGCGCAAUGGAGGUGCGCAGAGGACAGGACACACCGCACCAGUGACCAGACUGGAAGCGAGUCAGGCAACAGACAGGACACUGCUCACUCAUGCAAUAGUAGUAGUAGUAGUAAUAAUAAUGACAAUAAUAAUAAUAAUGAUAAAGAAAAGUGCGUGAAAUAAAGGCGCGCCUUGAUCAAGAAGAGAACGCAGUGUAAAGUUAUGCACCGGAGAUGAGCUGACAAUUUGCAGCUCCUUCAGCAUUUUACUUGCUCAUGUAUGGAUGAGUCUAUUGCUCAGCCUUUUUAUUGAAUACAAAGUGUAAACUGCAGCUCGGAAUGAAACCGCAUCGUGUGAGGUGCGUGGUGCGCAAAUAACCCGAAAACUUCAGCGGUACUUUUUUCAAACAAAAACAAAAAUAAUAAUCAAUCAAACAAACAAACAAACAAACACGGUCGCUCAUUAUGUCAGCCGUCAGAAGGAAGUUCGGCGAGGAAUACCAGGUUGUGAACACAACCCGAGGUGCGUCUUUCCCCGCGCCGGCUAAGCGCAAGAGGCAGCGCUUCGUGGAGAAGAACGGACGCUGCAACGUGCAGCACGGCAACCUGGGCGGCGAGACGAGCCGCUAUCUCUCGGACCUGUUCACCACACUGGUGGACCUUAAGUGGCGCUGGAACAUGCUCAUCUUCCUGCUCACCUACACGGUCGCGUGGCUCGUCAUGGCCUCCAUGUGGUGGCUGAUCGCGUACGCACGUGGAGACCUCGGCCGCGGGCACGACCCUGAGUACACGCCGUGCGUGGCCAACGUGUACAACUUCCCCUCCGCCUUCCUCUUCUUCAUCGAGACCGAGGCCACUAUCGGCUACGGGUAUCGCUACAUUACGGAGAAGUGCCCUGAGGGCAUUAUCCUGUUCCUGUUCCAGUCGCUGCUCGGCUCCAUCGUGGACGCCUUCCUCAUCGGCUGCAUGUUCAUCAAGAUGUCGCAGCCGAAGAAGCGCGCCGAGACGCUCAUGUUCAGCCAGGACGCCGUGAUCUCGCAGCGGGACGGCAAACUCUGCCUCAUGUUCCGCGUGGGGAACCUCAGGAACAGCCACAUGGUGUCGGCUCAGAUCAGGUGCAAGCUCAUCAAGUCUCGGCAGACACCUGAGGGGGAGUUUCUGCCCUUGGACCAAAGAGAGCUGGACGUUGGGUUUGGAACGGGCGCCGACCAACUCUUCCUCGUCUCUCCUCUCACCAUCUGCCACGAGAUUAAUCCCAAGAGCCCGUUCUUCGACCUCUCACAGCGCUCACUCAUGAGUGAGCAGUUUGAGAUUGUUGUUAUCCUUGAAGGGAUAGUGGAAACCACAGGUAUGACAUGCCAGGCUCGGACAUCUUACACAGAGGAUGAGGUGUUGUGGGGGCACCGCUUCCUUCCUGUUAUGUCUCUGGAGGAUGGUUUCUUCCGAGUGGACUACUCACAGUUCCACAGCACCUUUGAGGUGCCCACACCUCCCUACAGUGUAAAGGAGCAGGAGGAAUCAUCUUGCCUGCCUUCCCCUGCUCCUCCUCUCACACCGACUCCAGGAGAUCCACGAAGCCGCAGAGAGCGCAUCUUCUCCCUUGAUGGUGCUUCCCACACUGAAGGAACUGUCUCUAGGUUGCCCAGUAAGCUCCAGCGUAUGAGCUCCAGAAAUGGUAAAGAGGCUGGAAAAGCCAGCAAUACACAAGCAGCUGAAAAAACAUCUAACACAAGUGAGCCCCUGCGCUCAUCAGCCAGGCUGGAGGAAUCCACCAACCAGAUGAAGGCAGAGCCACACAUCUUGUCAGCAGCAGAGCUGGAGUAUCACAGACUACCUUUAAUGCCUACUCCAGUACCAGGACCCAACCUCAACCAGUUGCCAGCAGCUGGUGGCUGGCCCGAGGACAACCUGCCCGAGAAGCUACGCAGGAUGAAUGUGGACCGCUGAGCCAUUAGCCAAGAUGCUGUCCACUUCCACCAUGACUCAGACCCAGACUGAUGAACAGAGAGGCUUUGCGAAGACAAGGCUAGUUCUGAAACACAAAUUCAAUAUAAACUUUAGCUGGACUAUACUGUGAUUCUUUUAAAUUAUUACACAAAGGAAACAGCCAUGUCUGUCAUUGCCAAACUGAUUACAUCUUCAUCCGCCAGAAUUCUGUUCAGUUUCAAAUAUGCUUAAUAUAUUUUGAGACUAAAUGAACACUUGUUUUUGUGUAAAAUGUUCAUACGCAUCAUGCUACUCUGUUUAUUAAUGUAUGCUUAACUGAUAAAACUAAAUCAUGUUCUUGUUUUAGUUCUGAUUAGGCAUAUGCCUAUAAUCAGUUAUAGAAUAUGACAAUGAAUAUAUAUAUAUAUAUAUAUAUAUAUAUAUAUAUAUUUAACAUGCACCUUGUUAAGCAUCUUGUUAAGUAGGUAGAAAAGGUUUGUCCCAUUUGAAAGGCAGUAUAAAAUAGGCAAGAUAUAAGAUAUUGCCCAAUUUUUAAGGCAGCAUUGCAUGUGUAUUUCUUAGCAAAGACAAUUUGUUAACAAAAAAAAAAACAACAAAAAAGAAUGAGCUGACUAGUCAUCUCACUUUUCAAGCUAUAGCCCUAUUUACAGCUCCUAGUUGGGUUUUUAAUCCAAGCCGAGGUGUUAGCAAGUGCAACAAAAGUCACAUGCACAGCUUGCGCGAAGUGAGGUUCUGUUUAAAAUGCUAUCAGAAAAACAGGUGCCUGUAAGUAUGUAGGUAUUUAUUGAAAAACAAUAUAGUGAGGAUAUUGUAAACUAUGAUAAAAGCUUAAGCAAUUAAUUUGAAAUGAACAUUUCAUAUCUGCACAUAUCUAUUUCUGAUAAAUCUAUAUUUUCAAUAAGCUGAUUAGAAAUGAUUUAUUUAGGAUGACACAUAUCUGGUAUGUAAAGAUUUUACAAUGUUACAUUUAAUUGUCUUUCAGUACGAGGUUACUUCAACUACCAAUGAACUGUUCUCCUGAGAUUAACAGACAUUUGUCUGAAUAUGUGAAUUACACCCAGUAGACCCAAUAAGGCAUACAUAGUGACUUUAAAAUGCUUCUCCUUCUAUUGUUAUAUACAGACGGGGUGACAAAUUAAAGAAAAACUCUGUGGCUCUGUA